GCGCCGCCCCCGCCGCACGCCGGGCCGGGGCCGGGGCCGGGGCCGGGCCGCCGCUGCCCGCCUCCCCGGGGCUGGCUGCAGGGCGGGGAGCAAAGGUAACCGGGCCGGGCCUGGGCACCGGGCGGGGCGCGCCGCACCAUGCUCGGCGGGGGCUGGCGGGGCCUCGGCACCGCCCUGGCUGCCCUGGGAGCUGGGGCCCUGCUCCGAGCCGGUCCGGCGCAGCUGCGAGCUGUCUUCCUGCAGACAGAGCACGAGCAGAGGAAGUCGAAGACAGUCACACAAGCAGACAUGAAGGUGGAAUUGCUGCCAGCCCUCACAGACAACUACAUGUACCUCCUCAUUGAUGAGGAAACCAAGGAGGCUGCAAUAGUUGAUCCUGUGCAGCCGCAGAAGGUUUUGGAUGCAGUCAAGAAGCACGGCGUGAAGCUCACCACUGUCCUGACCACACAUCAUCACUGGGACCAUGCUGGAGGAAAUGAGAAGCUGGUAAAGAUGGCAACGGGGUUGCGCGUAUACGGGGGAGACAGCAGAGUGGGAGCACUGACCCAGAAGGUUUCUCACCUUACCUCACUCAAGGUGGGAUCUCUUAAUGUGAAAUGCCUCUGUACGCCGUGUCACACUUCUGGACACAUCUGUUAUUAUGUGACUAAGCCAAAUAGCUCCGAGCCACCUGCAGUUUUUACAGGUGACACGCUGUUUGUGGCUGGUUGUGGGAAAUUCUUCGAGGGAACCCCGGAGGAAAUGUACAGAGCGCUGAUUGAGAUUUUGGGCAGCUUGGACCCCAAAACGAGAGUUUACUGUGGUCAUGAAUACACGAUCAACAACCUCAAGUUUGCUCGACACGUCGAACCCAAUAAUGUCACUAUCCAAGAAAAGCUUGCUUGGGCCAAGGCAAAGUAUGACAGCGGUGAGCCAACCAUACCCUCCACCAUUGCAGAGGAGUUUACGUACAACCCCUUCAUGCGAGUGAGGGAGAAGGCAGUUCAGCAGCACGCUGGGGAGACCGACCCCAUCCGAACAAUGGGCGCCAUCAGAAAAGAGAAGGAUAACUUCCGAGUCCCGAAGGACUGAGCACUCUGCCUGGGUCACUUUAAUGUCAGUUUAAGUGUAAUUUAGACUAUUCAGAUGUUUUAGGAGUUGAACCUUCUGUUGUGGUUGAGACAGUCAUAUUUAGGUUUUUAUUUUGUUUUAAUUAAGGAAAAAAAAAAAGCACUUUGCCCUUGUCGAGAUGUUCUACAGCAUAUUUAUAUUAUGAUGAAGAAUAUUUAUCCUUCUAUUGCUGGCUCUCAAACUGUCACAUGUGUCACAUGCAGAUCAUUUUACAAGUAUUGGUACGUGGCUCAGAGUCUGGGGUGGGGAAAGGUCAAACCUUGAGGUCUAGGAAAAAAACUGUUAUUUUUGUAGGAGCCUGAUGCGAAUGCAUACAGUGGGACUGGGGCCUGAGAUGUCUUCAUUUAAAACAGAGACAAAAUGCAGUAACGACCUUGCCAGCUGAAGAUUGAAACUUUUCUUCCAUGCUGCUACUUCAACAGGCGCUUCUGAGUCUGUCGCUUCUGGCUCCACUAAAACCAGUUCUCAGUGACAGACCAGCUCUGCCACUGCCAGUUCAGGGCUGAGUUGGUGAAAUACGCGGGGUGGUCUGGCGCUGGGAAUGGCACAGGGGGACUGUCCAACUUUUCUCUUCUCUCUGACAUUCCCGGUCGUGGGCUGCAGUAACUUUUCCAGGCAGCACACUGCCUUAGAGAUUGCACUGUUGCUUUUGCCCGCUCGCGCUUAACUUAAGCCUGUUUGCAUGAACCUGCUUACUGCUCUUAAGUGUGAUCUGUAUGUUACCUGUAUUAGUACCACACAAACGAAGAAGGGAUUUGUCUGCUAGUUCAAAAUCCUGAGAAGAAACCACUUACCUAGUGACUAACUGCCUGCCUAACAGCUGAGCAGCGAUGAGACUCCUCCAGCAGAUGAUCGCCAGAACGGCUGCUUUGUACCUCGCUGUGAGUAACAGGUUUAUCAGCUGGGCGCUGCUCCCCAGCGAGAGAGCAACUGUUCUGGUGAGCACUGGCAGUAGCCAGGCUGGGACUGGGAGACUCCAGUUUAACUGGCCUGGUUUAGAGCAGAUGCUGUUUGCUGCUGGGAUUAAUCAGCUGCCGCCUGGUCCAGCCUCUCUGCUAGAAAGGCCUCAGAGGUGAUGCUCUAAAUGGGGAGGGGGUCCGUGUAUUGCCAGGUUAUGCAGGGCUCAGAUCUCAGACCCCCCGAGAAACCACACUGGCGUGGCAUGUUUCUUUUUCUUGGUUGGUCCACGGGGCUUAAAAGCUGUCUCUGUCGUUGGACUAGUGCUGUGGGACCCCGGUGUGCAGCCAGCUUGAAAACUGCAGGGAGGGAACUUCCCCUCGGGCGGUUUUCCUGACGAGGUGUCGAAAUGGAUGAAUGGGAUAAACUUUGGGGGAAAAUAAAUCCAGAUUUUAAGUGAGUGGGUCAGCUCCCUCCUGCACGCUCGGUUUUUAAACAAAAGGGAUGUGAGUGGAGGGUGGUAGGACCCAGCCUUGCGGGCUUGGCAUCUGCAUCUUUAAUGCAUCUUCCUCCUAAUUAUAUUUUCUCCCUUGUUUCUUGGUCUCGGCUGCAUACUGCAGAUCUGCUCAAGUACAAGAGAUUUUCAAAAAAAUGUUUUGCAGCUGAAAGUAACAAGAGAUUCAAACGGUUUUGAUUCCAGUUUCUCCCCCUCUUCCCCGUGCAUGUGGGUAAGUAACACCACGGUGGAGUCUGUAACCACCUGGGUGUCACGGCUGUAACGCUGGUCUGUUCCAACCAACACGCUGACUGGCAGUGUGUGAGUGGGAUUUGGUGUAGCACCAUUUCUUUAUAUGCUUCAAAAAGGUAAAUUUUAUGGAGUUCAGAAAGAAAAGUGGUACCUAAAACUUCACUGCCUCCCUAACUUGAAUGCUGUGCUGCUACAACGGAGCGUGAUUGUACUGAUGGCUGUUUGACAAACGAGCAAAUAAAUAACAGCUGGAAACCGGG